CGGAUCACAGAUCAACGGAAAGAGCCAAAGAUGUCGGCUUGGUCAUGUGAUCAGCUGUGUCCAAUCACAGCUGAUCACAUGGCACUGAUGAUCAGUGUAGCCCCAGCAGUGCCACCUGUCAGUGUCCAUCAGUGCCAGCUGUCAGUGCUCAUCAAUGCCACCUGCCAGUACCCAUCAGUGCCAUAUCAAUGCCACAUAUCAGUGCCUACCAGUGCACAUCAAUGCCACAUAUCAGUGCCCAUCUGAGCUGCAUUUCAGUGUCACCCAUCAGUGCCAAUCAGUGCCACCUAUCAAUGCCAAUCAGUUCCACCUAUCAGUGCUACCAAUCAGUGCCAGUCAGUGCUGCCUAUCAGUGUGCAUCAGUGCCGCCAAUCAGUGUGCAUCAGUGCCACCUAUCAGUGCCCGUCAGUGCUGCCUAACAGUGCCAGUCAGUGCCGCCUAUCAGUGCCAGUCAGUGCUGCUUAUCAGUGCCGCCUAACAGUGCCAGUCAGUGCCGCUUAUCAGUGCCAGUCAGUGCUGCCUAUCAGUGUCAUAUAUGAGUGCUGCCUUUCAGUGCCCAUCAGUGAUGCCUGUCAAUGCCCAUCAGUG